AUGCUAGCAGUCUCGGCAGGCGCUGGAGCUGGACAAAACUACAGAGCUCAGUCUGGAGCAGCCCAACAACAACAGGGUUACGGUGCUCAAACCUCUGCUAGCGCCGGAGCUGGACACGGUUAUGACGCUCAGAAUGGAGCUGCCCAACAGCAACAAGGCUAUAGUGCCCAAGCCGCAGCUGGACAAAAUUACGGUUCACAAAACGAAGGUGCCCAGAAGCAGCAAGGUACAUUAUUUUUGCUGCUUUGGUUGCCGUGGCUAGAGGGACAGGGUUAUGGUGGCCAUGCUGGGCAGCAACAGCAGAAACAGGCAUACGGAGCUCAGUCCGGCGCGGCUCAACAGCAACAAGAUUAUGGUGCUCAAGUAUCUGCUAGCGCUGGAGAUGGACAGGGUUAUGGUGCUCAAAAUGGAGCUGCCCAACAGCAACAAGGCUAUGGCUCUCAGGUAUCAGCAGACGCCGGAGCUGGACAAAACUAUGGAGCUCAGUCUGGUACCACCCAACAACAACAGGGUUAUGGUAAUUCAACGGUGUCGACUUUUCAUCGUCGGAUGACAACAACGGAGAACCGCAAUACUUUUAGUAUGGGAACAACAAAAACAUGCACACUUGCCCAUGCGAAAUGUUAG